ACAUAAGAAGAUUCCAUCCGGACUCUGGUUUUGAGGUCGGACUUCUGUUCCUGCAUCAUCACCAACAAACAACAUCUCCAGUAACAACAUUCUCACCACGCAAACCCCGCCACCAACCCCACGAAGCAGUCUUUACCAGCUCCUCCAUCUCCCUCUUUCUAGCAUACUAACAGCGCCGCAUCCAUCCCCGCCUUCGACUCACCACCAAGCAAUAUCCCAUUGCAUUGGCAACAAGCAGUUCGAGCAGUCCAUUAGCUGACCAGCAAUCUACUAGCCCCACCACGUGCACAUAUAGGCAGCCCAUCCACAGCAACACACCGCCACAAUGAAGUACGAGACUUUCGGCGCCUUCCUCCUGGCCGUGGCCGUGCCCAUUAUGGCGGCCCCGACCCAACCGGAGCCCGCCGUCGAGGAUGCGGUCCGGGCCAUUGUCCAGCAGGCCAAUGUCGAGGCGCGCAUGGUCCUUCCCAACCCCGGCGCGUGGCCGCCGCGCCUUGGCCGCCCCGUGCGCCCCAUCACCUGGUCCGGGCCCGCCAAGUUCCAGCCCCUGGCCGCCGCCGUCAGCAGGCGCGACGUCAGCGGCAGCGACGACGACCUGGCCGCCGGCGAGGACGACGAGGCGGCGCUCCUCGAGCGCCGCAAGUUCGGCCGCAAGACCAACGCCAUCAACGCAAUUGCCAACUUGGCGGGUCAGGUCCUGCCGUUCCUGGGCCAGCGCGACCUCGGCGGCCUGGCCGAGGCCGGCGGCGACGGCGAGGCCCACCUCGAGCGCCGCAAGUUCGGCCGCAAGACUAACGCCAUCAAUGCAAUUGCCAACCUGGCGGGCCAGGUCCUGCCGUUCCUGGGCCAGCGCGACCUGUCGGGCGUCGAGGGCGCCGCCGGUCUGGAGGCCCGCGAGGAGCCCGUCCUGUCCGAGGCCGAGGUCCGCGACACCAUCGCCUCCGUGUUCGACCAGUACGAGCAGGCCAACCAGAAGCGCGACCUCGAUAGCCUCGAGCGCCGCAAGUUCGGCCGCAAGACCAACGCUAUUAACGCAAUUGCCAACUUGGCGGGCCAGGUCCUGCCGUUCCUGGGCCAGCGCGACCUCGACGGCCUGGCCGAGGCCGGCGGCGACGGCGAAGCCCACCUCGAGCGCCGCAAAUUCGGCCGCAAAACCAACGCGAUCAACGCGAUUGCCAACCUGGCGGGCCAGGUCCUGCCCUGGCUCGGCAUCGGCCAGCGCGACCUGUCGGGCGUCGAGGGCGCGGCCGGCCUCGAGGCUCGCGACGAGCCCGUCCUCUCCGAGGCCGAGGUGCGCGAUACUAUCGCCUCCGUGUUUGAUCAAUACGAGCAGCAGCAGCAGGGCGGCAGCCCCCAGAAGCGUGAUCUUGACAGCCUUGAACGCCGCAAGUUUGGUAGCAAGACCAACGCCAUCAACGCCAUCGCCAACCUUGCUGGCCAGGUCCUCCCAUGGCUCGGCAUCGGCCAGCGCGACCUUUCGGGCAUCCAGGCCCGCGACGAGCCUGUCCUUUCCGAGGCCGAGAUCCGUGACACCAUCGCCUCCGUGGUUGACCAGUAUGAGCAGCAGCAGACCGGUGGCCCCGAGAAGCGCGAUCUCGAUAGCCUCGAGCGCCGCAAGUUUGGCAGCAAGACCAACGCCAUUAACGCGAUCGCCAACCUCGCCGGCCAGGUUCUGCCGUGGCUCGGCAUUGGCCAGCGCGACCUCUCGGGCAUCCAGGCCCGCGACGAGCCCGUCCUCUCCGAGGCUGAGAUCCGCGACACCAUCGCGUCCGUCGUCGACCAGUACGAGGCGGCGCAGCAGUAGAGCGGGGCGUAAGUGCCAUCUCUCUCAUGUCUCUCCUUUGGAGCACAACAAGGUGUUUGUGCUGCGUUCUCUUUGAGUUUCUUUUGUUCACAUCACUCCUUAUGUCUCUCACUGUCUUGGGUUUCUGCAUGGCGCUGGUUGGAUUUGCUUUUUUUGGUCUUUUAUAAGCGUCGGCGCUUAGGUUUGGGUAGCGAAAGUCUGGGAGCAUCGGUCAUCACGUUGCUGGCGUUUCGUUUCUAGAACGGAAGAAACAUGCAAUACAUUUCGUUCAAAGUUA